UAGGAGUGCCACAAUGCUAGUACUGGCUACUUCUGCUGGAGGUGUCAACUGUUUUAUGCUUGAUCCAAUCUCAUCAUGAUGUGUAAAAGAGCAAUCGGAGAAUUCAUUUUGGUCGAUAGAGAUGGGAAAAUCAAAAAGAAGGGAAACAUCUACAGUCUCAAUGAGGGCUAUUUUAAAUAUUUUGAUCCUGUAGUCACAGACUAUCUCAAAAAGAAGAAAUUCCCUGAGCUGAGACUGCUCUACAAAUACAAUCCUAUGGCUUUUGUUAUUGAGAAGGCUGGGGGAAUAGCAACAACAGGGCAUCAAGCAGUACUAGAUAUUGUGCCUGAGGAUAUCCACCAAAGUGUGUCUGUUGUCUUGGGGUCUCCUGAUGACCUUGAGAUAGUCAAAAAGCAUUCAGCUAAGUAAAGAAGUCUUGCUGCGAUGACCAUCCAGAUAGGAAGAAAUGUCUUACAGCUGAACCAAAGAACACACUUGCAAUACUGCAAGACUGAACUGUCAGACCUCUAUAGCAGGAGAGCAAGUGAGCCAUAUUUUCAUAACACUUUUUUAAAGGGAAAUCUUGUAUAAUUUCAUUGUGCAAUGAAAGGCAUUAAAAGAUUGCAUUAAAGGAAGCAUUAAAAGUGAA